UCGCCUUCAAAACCACAUACACCACAGUUCCAUUCCUUACAACUUCCUCUCUUAAAGUUCAUUUACUUUGAUGGAGAAUUAUCAACAUUUUUUUCCAAAUUAUUCUUCUUCGUCGUCUGAUCAGUUCUCACUAAUGAAUAUGAUGAACAACAAUUCUCAUACAAAAGCAGCUGAAUUAACCCAAGACAAUAGGAAAUCGAGCGGGUUUUUGGGGCUAAUGGCAAGCAUGGAAGCUCCAAGCUCCAGUGUUGUUACUGAUCACACAAAUAGCAUUCCGUAUAACUCUAAUGAUCAGAACGAGGUGAGAUCGGGUAAGAAGAAUAAAGGUGAGAAGAAGAUUAAAAAACCGAGAUAUGCUUUUCAAACAAGGAGUCAAGUGGAUAUUUUGGAUGAUGGAUAUAGAUGGAGGAAAUAUGGACAGAAGGCUGUCAAGAACAACAGAUUCCCAAGAAGCUACUACCGAUGCACGCAUCAAGGAUGUGAUGUGAAGAAACAAGUACAAAGGCUGUCAAAGGAUGAAGGAGUAGUAGUAACUACUUAUGAAGGCAUGCAUUCACAUCCCAUUGAGAAGUCCACAGAUAACUUUGAGCACAUUUUGACUCAGAUGCAAAUCUAUGCUUCCUUUUGAAACGUCCAUCAGUUCAAUGCCUAAGGCAUGACAGUCUAUUAAACACUUGUAAAGUAGUACUACAGUAUAUUGUGUACAUGCGUUUUGAACCUAGAUGAUAUAUUUUGAAAUAAAACGCAACUUCAUUAGGGAAUUUAAUUUGAUCAUUGUAGAACUGAAAAUUAUGUUGCUAUCUUUUGUUUUUACGCAAUUUGCACUUAAUUCGGCUCACUUUGUAUUUGCCGGAGGCAGUUUCCCUUCAUUUUAAUUCUUUU